AUGUUUGCUAAUUUAGCGAGUAAUGACGAACCUCGAGCAACGAUUAAAGAGAUUCCAGUAGUACCAAAGGACCCGUUUUCAGAUCAGCAGCUAGCCACGGCAAAUUUGAUUCCAUCGCAAAAGCCCGUCAGUGGACGGUUCAGCUUCACGCAGAUCAGCGCCAAUAAUCUUCGAAUAAGUGGUGUACUCAGUGGACUGCCUCGUGGUGAGCACGCUGUUCUUAUUCAUCAAUUCGGUGAUUUGUCAGAGGGUUGCAGUCAUCUUGGGCCGCCGUUUUUGUUCAAAGACGGCAUGGGAACACCUUCAUUAGGAGAUGUUGUUGUCGACGAUUCUUCGACGGCUACGUUCGAUCGAGUUGUGGAUUGGCCUAUUUCCGAAGUCGUAGGACGUUCCAUCUCCAUUUACAGGUAA